AUGCGCUCCCGACCCGUCUUCCUUCGAGCAUUACGACUUCGUCAACAACCCCUACUUGCCUCCCGUGUACUCCCCCAAUUCUACCCCGCCACCCUUCGACAUCUCUCCACUUCUUCUCGCUUACUAGAAGAAGCCAAAGAGAAAUCCAAAGAGAAGGCUCGUCCACCACCCGAAGAUAACGCUCCUCCUCAAUCACCAUGGAAAGUAUUCACUCAAGUGUUGAAAGAGGAAAUUGAGAAGAAUAAAGGUUGGCAAGAUAAUGUCAAACAGUUACAGGGUGAUGUGGAUAAAAUGGCAGAUAGUGCAGCGAUGAAAAGGGCUAGAGAUCUAUACGAGAAAACCAGGAUUACCAAUCUGAUCAAGAACAAUCCCCGAAUCCAAUCAGCUGUAGGCGAUCUACAAAAAGCUGGUAUUUCAGUGCAAGAUGCCGUUCAACAUGCCCUCAGAGAUUCUGAAGUACUCAGAGCAAUCUCAGCUGCUACAUCAAGAUUCGUUUCCGCUGCUACUAGCGCGACUCAACCUAUCAGAGAUACCAAAACAUAUCAAGUGAUCGCCGAAUCCAUUGAAGACGCUUUUGACGAUACCACCGGAGUUAGCAGUAGGUACGGUGGAUAUGAGGAGAAAGAAGCUAGAAGGAAAAGAAGAGAAUUAAGAGCUAUCAGAGCUGCUAAAGCGGGUAAAACAGUGCACAAGAAAGUUGAAGAGAACCCAGAAGCCGGAGAAGCAUUGGUAUUAUCAGAUAGACCUGAACCAGUGUCAAGAUUCGGUUUCAUAAAAGAAUCACCAACAUACCAACGCUGGCUUGAGACUUACUACGAAUCAGAGUCACCAUUCAUCUCAGCCUUAAGAACUGUAGGAAGUAAAGUCGGUUCACUAUUUGAAGAAAACGAAACUGCUCAAGUUAUAAAAGCUAUGAAAGAGUUAGAUCCUAACUUCAGGAUGGAUAACUGGACUGGAGAAUUGAGAGAAUACAUCGUUCCAGAAGUCGUUGAUGCGUAUCUGAGCGCAGAUAGAGAGUCAUUGAGACAAUGGUGUGGGGAGGCGACGUUCAAUGUCCUCUGGGCAACGAUGGGUCAAUACAUCAAACAAGGAUUGAUUUCCGACAGUAAGAUAUUGGAUAUCAAGCAUGUCGAUGUGUCAUCCGGGAAAAUGCUUGAAAACAAUGUACCAGUGUUCGUGAUAACUUUCGCUACACAAGAACAGCUCUUAUUCCGCUCAGUCAAGACAGGAGAAGUCAUCGUUGGCUCGGAAAGGGAUGUUGAGCAAUGUAGAUAUGCCAUGGUGGUCACUCGAGUUGAAAGUGAAUUAGAAAAUGAAUUGACUUCAGGAUGGAAGGUUGUAGAGAUGGCUAGAAGAGGCGCAAAAGGUGGUUUGUAA